AUGUUGGCUCCAGUUGCCAAGAGUUUCGCCAUUGGUGAAUAUUGGCUUAGUAUUUAUCAAGUCGACACCUUUUUCGUUGACGGUCCUAGAAGCUUGAACGGUGGUGGUUCUUCAGCUUGGUUUUCCAACAGUUCUAACCGUCCAAUUAUUAUGAAACUUUUUAAUGUCAACACUACCAGAAUUGCAAAGAUAACAUCGUCCAAUAGCAAGUUUUUCCAUUUUGCUGUGCAUGGAUGUCGUGAUGUCACAUUUGAUCACGUUACAGUGAUAGCUCCAGUAGAUAGCCCCAAUACAGAUGGAAUUCACGUUUCAAACUCAAGCGGUGUCAACAUUAUGCAUUCAGUGAUUGGCAUCGGAGACGAUUGCAUCUCUCUAGGCCCUGAAAGUAAAUUCAUCAACAUAACAGACGCCCAGUGUGGUCCAAGUCAUGGAAUUAGCAUCGGUAGCCUCGGAAAGUACCCAAAUGAAGAAGAUGUCUCUGGAGUCAUAGUAAGAGACUCCACAUUUGUUGGCACAGACAACCAUAUUUUGAUGCUGACCUUAUUAUUAUGUGAAUUAGGACAUGGAAAGGAAAUUUCAGAAUUGUUGGAAACAAUUCCGCCAAGAAAACUCGAACUUGGGAAGGCACGCGACAACCAUGUAAGUAGCUAUUUGGAUUCCCAGAAGCAAUUCUUGUAG